AUGCUCUCCUUCCUCGCGCCGCUCAGCAUCUCGCUUGCCUUCCUCGCCGGCGUCCGCCCGCCCGUCACGGCCGCUCGCGCGCGUAUCGUCGCCACCGCCCCCGAGCAAGCCACCGAGGCAAAGCCUGCGGUGAAGCCAGCCGCUGCUGACUGGCUUCCUCUCGGCAAGUACCGCUUCUCCGACGACACCGUCGGGUCCGGAGCGCAGCCGGCAGAGGGCGACGUGGUCGUGCUGCACUACUCUGUGAAGUUUGCGAGCGGCGAGGAGCUUGGCUCCUCGCGCGGCCGCUUCCCCCUGACCUUUGCGCUCGGCAAGCACGAUGUCGAGAUCUUUGCCGACGCGCUUCGAGGCUCUUUCGAAUCGGGCGCGGAGCCGAUGAAGAUCGGCGGCCGCCGCCGUGUGCAGGUUCGCUGGAACCAGAUCCCGCCGCUGCAGCGGCCAAACGUGCCCAAGGACCAGGAGGGCGAGCCGCUGGUGGUCGACCUCGAGCUGGUCCGCGUCGAGACGGGCGCGCUCGCGCAGCUCAUCUCG